GCGCGCGGCCGCUCCUCCACAGGGGGCGGGACUCCUCCCCCACUGACCAAUAGCGAGCGGCGCCGUCAAGGGCGUCCCACACCGCUGCGGACCAAUGCAGGGGGGAGGAGAGAAGCCGCCAAUCAGAGGCCGGGCCAGAGUCUCCCUUAGCAACGGUGGCAGCGGGCGGGGCCUGGGCGGGGCCGGACCAAUCGCAGCGGGGCGGGGCGGCCCCGCGCGGGGCAGGCCGGGAAGAUGGAGAACUUCUCGGCGCUGUUCGGCGGGGCCGAGCCGCCGCCUGCCGCCGCCGCCGCCGCCCUGGGCUUCGGGCCCGCCAAGGCUCCGGGCGCGGGAGCCGCGCCGCCCCCCGCCGCCGCCGCGCCGCCGCCGGGCGAGGAUGCGGCCCGCAAGGCCACCGCCGGCCCCUUCUACCUGCUGAGGGAGCUGCCAGGCACCAUGGAGCUGACGGGCAGCACCAACCUGAUCACGCACUACAACCUGGAGCACGCCUACAACAAGUUCUGCGGCAAGAAGGUGAAGGAGAAGCUCAGCAACUUCCUCCCCGACCUGCCCGGCAUGAUCGACCUGCCCGGCUCCCACGACAACAGCAGCCUGCGCUCCCUCAUCGAGAAGCCCCCCAUCUGCGGCAGCUCCUUCACCCCCCUCACCGGCACCAUGCUGACGGGCUUCCGCCUCCACGCCGGCCCGCUGCCCGAGCAGUGCCGCCUGAUGCACAUCCAGCCACCCAAGAAGAAGAACAAGCACAAGCACAAGCAGAGCCGCACCCAGGAUCCUGUCCCCCCAGAAACCCCCUCGGACUCCGACCACAAGAAGAAAAAGAAGAAAAAAGAGGAGGAUCCAGAACGGAAGAGGAAGAAGAAAGAGAAGAAGAAAAAGAAGAACCGGCACAGCCCGGAGCACCCGGGGGUGGGCAGCUCCCAGGCCAGCAGCAGCAGCAGCUUGCGGUGAGGCCGCGCCGGCGCCACCCCGGGGAUCCCCCUGCCACCGGGAGCGGCCCCGACUGACUGGGGAGGGACUCACCCCUCCUGCAGCGCUUAGCAGGGGGGCUCGGGCUGGCCUGUCCUCCCCCCCGGCAGAGAGGACACCCCUGCAGUGCCCCGGGACCAGGGGACACAGACUGUGCUGGCACUGGAGCUGCUGACCUUGGCGUUUUAUACCAAAACAACCCGGUGCAUCGGGGCCUCUCUUUUUUAGUCACCUUUUAAUUAAAGUCUCUGCUCUGAGGA